AUGUCCACACCUAAUAGAGGUUUGUGGAUUCUUCAGGAUGGGAGCGUUGAAGUCAGGACUAUCACUUCAUCGCGUGAACCUGACGAGGGAGAGGCACGUAUCAAGGUGCUUUAUUCCGGCAUCAACCCGGCAGAUACCAAGCACGUGGCAUAUGGCAUCUGUGACACCGUCAUAGGCUACGACUUCUGCGGUGUCGUCGAUAAAGCCGGUCCGGGGUUCCCAUUCGGCGUGGGCGAGGUCAUCGCCGGUUCAACCCCAUCAGGUGUUGGGAGACCAGACAAGUACGGGACUCACCAAAACUUCAUUACCUAUCCGGCGAACGAGUACGCGUUCAAGGUACCUGCGCAUCUCCCGCCGGAGCACGCCGCGUGUCUGAAAGUCGCCGUCCGCUCCGCUGCCGACGGGCUUUUUGUUCACCUCGGACUGCCUCUCCCCGGCGAGCAACAGUCGGUCCCGGCAGGUGGCCUGCUCGUCUGGGGUGGAACGACGAGCAUGGGAAUUUGCGCUAUCCAGCUGGCAAAGGCCAUUGGAGUACACCCCGUCAUCGUGACGGCCUCCCCGAAGAACCACGAGACGCUGGUGCAGCUCGGUGCCACGGCAUGCUUUGACUACAAGGACGACAAUGUGAAGGCAGUCAUUGAGAAUUACGUGUCUGAGCAGGGCACGACAAUCGCAUGGGCUUUCGAGACUGUCGGUUCCUCGGAUCCACCAACGGCGGAUUUGGCUGCCGCGUGUGUCGGGCCUUUGGCCAAAGUCGUUGCUGCACGGGCGCACCCGAAUUACCCUUCGGUGUACGCCGCCAAGGAAACAAGUGCUACGAUACGAACCCCUGCCGGCGGUGAAAUCACCGUUCCCUCAAAGCCUGAGGAGGCUCAGCGAGGUCAAAAGGCCUUGCUCUGGGCUAUCGAAAACUACGGUACCAAGUUCAGGAUCCCGAACGUCCAUGUGCUGGAGGACAAAAAGAGCUCUUCUGAGGUCAUUGAGAUCUUGAAAGCCGUUGCCAAAGGAAAGGCUGGAUUUGGCAAAUUCGUGUUGAAGCACCCCAUUGCUUAG